AUGUCUCAGGAAACUAUUGAAAUUAAUUUAACGCCGCAAGAACUGCAAGUGCUAUCUGAUCUUGACAGUCGACAAUAUGGUUUCUUAAAAUUAAAUUCUUCUGAGCAUGCCAAAAAAAAAGCACUAGUUGUUAAAGCUGUUAAAUAUUUAGAACGAAUGCUUAUUCAAGCUCAAGAAGAAAAAGAAGAUAUCGAUGGGGUUCGUUCGAAAGAGAUCAGCAUAGAUCCGAAAACUUAUUGUAAAUUGGGACAUUUUCAUUUAUUGUUGGAAGAUUAUGUAAAAGCAAUGUCUGCGUAUCAGAAAUAUUUUAAUCUUAGAACGGAUUAUUGGAAAGAUGCUUGUUUUUUAUAUGGUCAAGGCCUUGUUUAUUUUCAUUUUAAUGCUUUCCAGUGGUAA